UCGGCGUCUAUUAACAUGUUUGCUAACAAAGUAGUACUCGUGACGGGUGGUAGCUCCGGUAUCGGCGCAGCUACUGUAGAAGCAUUCGCUAAGGAAGGUGCUUCUGUCGCCUUCGUGGGAAGAAACGAAGCUAAGCUGAAGAAAGUUGCAAACCGCUGCCAGCAGCACGGAGCAAACGUCCUGGUCAUCAGAGCAGAUGUCUCCAAAGACGAAGAAGCGAACACCAUCGUUCAACAAACUGUCGACAAGUUCGGUAAAUUAGAUAUACUCGUCAACAACGCUGGGAUUCUCCGUCACGCAUCUGUCCUAGACCCGAAUCUAAUUGAUAACUUUGACGAAAUCAUGAAGACCAAUCUGCGACCAGUGGUUCUCAUUACUAGCCGAGCUAUACCGCACCUGGUAGCUUCGAAAGGUAACAUAAUAAACGUGUCGAGUGUUUUGUCAACUUGGAUCAAAUUGCCUGGCAUGAUAUCUUACAGCAUGUCAAAAGCAGCCAUGGAUCAUUUCACAAGAGGUACUGCCACUGAACUUGCUUCUUAUGGAGUGAGAGUGAAUUCAGUCAAUCCUGGUCCAGUACCCACUGAUAUAAGGGAGAGUUCGAACAUGCCUACAGAACAGUCUGCAGAAAACAUUAUAGACAAAAGUACAGCUUUAGGGAAAGCAGCGGAAUGCGAAGAGGUAGCAGAUUUAAUUUUGUAUCUAGCCAGUGAUAAAGCUAGGAGUGUCACAGGGUCUUGUUAUCUUAUGGACAAUGGUAUGUAUUUGAAAUAGUGUACUUACCUGGUAUUGAUUUAAAAGUUAAAUUUGAUUGUAAUUUUCGUUUCAAUA